AUGGCCAUGUCCCGCCUCUCAGCCCUGUGGCGUGGAACCGGCCCCGCAGCCGCCACGGCAAUCAACGCGACGCCUUCCUCCGUCGCCGCCUCCCGACCCCCCACAACCGUGCCGCACGUCACCUCCGCGCCAGCCGAGGCGAUCGAGACGGGCCAAGCGCUCCCGACGGGCGUCGAGCCGAUCCUGAAGCCCGCAACGGACACUAUCUCUCCUCCAUCGACGCCGGCGGCCUCGUUCUCCGUCGACCCGGCGCCGGAGAUCGAGCCCUGGUCCCCUGCCCGCCCCAGCAGCUCGACGGCGGAGAAGGGGAAGAAGAACGGCCGUGUAUCAAGGUCGCAGCCGAGCUACGAGGUCGACGAGCUGGGACGGCGGAAGAACUACCCGACGCACGUCCCGCUGAAUGCGGGGCAGAAUGCGCUCCUUGCCGUCGGGAGUGGGCUCUGGGGCGUGAUGAACUACGCGACCCGCCCGGACCUGAUCGCGACGCUGAGCGAGACAACGUCCUCCUCCUUCCUCUCGACGCUGCACGAGCACAUGAGCAUGACGCCUGAAGGGCGGCAGAUCCUCCGGGAUCGCCCCACUCUGUCUUCGAAGACGGUCAACCUGGACUAUUUAAGGGGGCUGAGGCGCGGCACCCUGGGCAGGGAGUAUGUCGAGUGGCUGGACCGCGACGGCAUCACGCCCGACUCGCGCGAGGUCGUGCGCUACAUCGACUCUCCCUCCUUGGCAUAUACGAUGCUGCGAUAUCGCCAAACGCACGAUUUGUACCAUACCCUCUUCUGCCUUCCCCCGACACUCGUCCACGAGCUCAGCCUCAAGGUCGUCGAGUGGGCCAACAUGCGUCUCCCCGCUGCGGCGCUCUCAUCGACUUUCGGCCCGUUGAGGCUCAGCGCGAAGCGGAGACGCAUGUGGGCGCAGGACUGGGUGCCGUGGGCGCUGAGGCAGGGCGAGAUGGGCCGCACGCUGAAUGCGGUGUACUGGGAGAAGAGGUGGGAGCAGGGGAUUGGAGAACUGAGGCGCGAGCUGGGAGUCGAGCGCAUGAACGACCACAAGGUCGAGAGCCGGUGGAGGGGGUACCGCGUACUCCGGGAGAUGGAGCGCGACCUCAGGCGCAAGGGCGAGUGGAUCGACGAGCCCGAGGAGUGGUAG